AUGGGUUCGUGGGUCGUGAUCGGAUCGGAGCUCGUUGGAGGUGCACGCCGCAGUUGGAAGUGCGGCAAGGAUCAGAGCCGCAGUUGGAAGUGCGGCUCGCUGGAGGUGCACGCCGCAUUUGGAAGUGCGACAAGUAUCAGAGCCGCAGUUGGAAGUGCGGCUCGCUGGAGGUGCACGCCGCAGUUCGAUAUGCGGCAAACGUACAGAACCGGACUUCGAUAUGCGGCAAAAAAUGGCGUUUUUCAGAAUAUGGUUAAAACUAGAGGUGGAUAUCAUGGUGAGGCUUCAUCCUCUCAUAGUGAGCCAUCAGAUGAAAGAAGACGACCUACGGCAUCUGCUCGUAGAAGACGAGUAGAAGAAUAUCGCGUGGACGUUAUUCAUGAGCAUGAUAAUGAGGAGCAGGAAGAGUUAUUACAGCAUGGACAUAGUCAGGAUGAUUACGUUGAAGAGGAGGAUAUUCAGCAGCAGCAUGACUGUAAUCAACAAGAACAUGAAGGUGAAGGUGAAGAUGAAGAUGAAGACGAAGCUGAAGAUGAUGGAUUCCCAGGAGGUCCACAUGACACCUCCUUACUUACUCAUUAUACCCAGCAUGUUGCAUUUGCAAUAUGGCAAGGCCGGGAUCGAAGGGGGAUAAAGGUUGUCACCCAUGGCAAAAAAUUGAAGCAUUUUGGAAUGUAUCAUGAGGCCAUUGAGCCUUAUAUCUCCAUGUCGGGGUUGGGUUGUUUAGUAAACCUCUCAUACGAGUAUGCCGAUCAUGGAUUGAUCGUUGCCCUUUCGGAGAGGUGGCACAUAGAGACUAAUACUUUCCACCUACCAAUAGGUGAGAUGACCGUCACAUUAGAUGACGUUAUGAAUUUGCUCCACCUACCCAUCAUGGGACAAUUUUGUGAGGUUGAGGAGUUAGAGUAUGAUGAGGCUCGAUCUCAUAUCAUGGAGCUGCUUGGUGUGGACCACGAUAAAGCUUCAGCUGAGAUGAAACAGUCACGUGGUCCAAAAGUUAGGCUCAGCUGGCUACGCGAGGUCUACCAGGAGUGCAUCCAGCAGGAGCGUUGGGAGUGUGCUGCUCGGGCGUACUUGUUGCAUUAA